UUGGUGUCUCUUCCAGUUUGCCAGUCUCAGGUUCUGCACCAAUUAGUAUUGAUCUUUUACAGGAAAACGCUAUUACACAUCAACAAAAAUGGAGGCCAUCAAGAAGAAAAUGCUUAUGCUGAAGUUGGACAAGGAAAAUGCGCUGGAUCAGGCGGAACAGGCUGAAACGGACAGAAAAGCAGCUGAAGAUAGAAGCAAGCAGCAUGAAGACGAGCUUAUACAAAUGCAAAAGAAGCUGAAAGCAACAGAAGAUGAGCUUGAUAAAUACUCCGAGGCCUUAAAGGAUGCUCAGGAGAAGCUUGAAGUUGCUGAUAAGAAAGCUGCUGAUGCAGAGGCAGAAGUGGCUUCCCUCAACAGACGUAUCCAGCUCGUAGAGGAGGAGCUGGACCGCGCUCAGGAGAGGCUGGCAACAGCUCUGCAGAAACUGGAAGAAGCUGAGAAGGCUGCAGAUGAGAGCGAGAGAGGCAUGAAGGUGAUUGAGAACAGAGCUCUGAAAGAUGAAGAGAAGAUGGAGCUCCAGGAGAUUCAGCUGAAGGAAGCUAAACACAUCGCUGAGGAGGCUGACCGCAAAUACGAGGAGGUUGCUCGUAAACUGGUGAUUGUAGAAGGAGAGUUAGAGCGUACAGAGGAGAGGGCAGAGCUGGCUGAGGCUAAAUGUGCUGAGCUGGAGGAUGAACUGAAGAAUGUCACCAAUAACCUAAAGUCCCUGGAGGCCAGGGCUGAGAAGUACUCGCAAAAGGAGGACAAGUAUGAGGAAGAAAUUAAGAUCCUAACUGACAAACUGAAAGAGGCCGAGACGCGAGCUGAGUUUGCUGAGAGAUCUGUGGCCAAGCUGGAGAAGACAAUUGAUGAUCUGGAAGAUGAACUUUAUGCACAAAAGCUCAAGUACAAAGCCAUCAGUGAGGAACUGGACCAUGCCCUUAAUGACAUGACCUCUAUCUAAAUGUUCAGAAUCUCCACCAUCCUUCCAGGUUGUGACCUUUUCUUCUGCUGACCAUUACUCUCAGCUCUGCGUCUGUGAUCGCCUACCUGUAUUUACAGUAUUCCCUCUAAAUCCUCGAAGUUUGCUCCCGUGCAGUUAGCCUCUUAUGAUUCAGUUGUCCAUGGAUAAUUGUUUGCUCUCUUAAAUGUUGUUUUGUUUUGCUCUUCGUUGUGCUUCUGUAUCAAUUCUGUGCUGUAUCCCUGUUUAAGGAAACAUCUCUGGGUUACGUCAUCUGUAUUCAUGGUUUAUUUUCUUAGUUUGAAGUUAUUAAUAUUUGUCUUGCAAUUUCGACGGGCGUUCUGCAGUGUUCAGUCCCUAAUGAAUGCUUUCAGGAUUUUCUUGUCUCAGGAAUUCAUGGAAAAUUUGGUGAUGAAAACCACAUCUGGAUAGAAAUAUCACCAACAUAUAUAUAUAAAUAUACUUAAAGAUUUUCCUGAAUUGUGAAUUACAAAGUAUUAUGAUUGUAAAGCCCUGGUGAAAGUAUGUCUCAUGUUCAUUUGUCUGUCAGCAAAGUAAUUUGAACAGUUUUGGAAUUUGGUGGAGACGCGGAGCACAGGCAAAAAAAUAAAACCAUUUACAUUUUGUUGCAAA